CACAUAUGUUUAUAUUCUUCCUUUAUUACAGUCGAUUUCUAUAGAAUACUGCGAAAGUGGGGAAAGGCUUAUUAUCCGGUUUAUCGAAUGUGGAUAAUCGAUAUGGCAAUAAUUAAUAUAUCUCAUCCAGAUGACUUGGAGAUUUUAUUAACGAGUAAAAACCACAUCAACAAAAAUUUUGGAUACUUUUAUUUUACCCCAUGGUUGAAAUCUGGUCUUUUAACAAGUAGAAGCGACUAUUGGUUUCACAGACGAAGGAUACUGACACCAGCUUUCCAUUUCAAUAUUCUAAAAGAACUUAUGAAAACAAUUAUACGACACACCGAUAAAUACAUCUUCGAAAUGAAGACAUUAGGUUCUGAAUCAAUUAUUGAUCUGGAGCCAUUUUGUAUAAAAUUUACUUUGAAUGUACUCUGUGGUAAGAAUCUUAGACCGUAUUUGAAAGAUUGGGCAUUACCUUUUGUACCCCACAUAAAUAAAAGACUCAAAAAAAGUGCAUAUGAUAUGGAUAAGUUUAUAAAUGACAUUGUAGUGAAACGACGGCAGUAUCAUGAAGAAUCUAAUUACGAAAAUUUAGAAAAAUUUGAUUGUGUCGAGAAUCUGGAUGAAGAUGAUUGUUACACGUUAAAUUUAAUUUCAGAAGGGAAAAAGAAACAACUAGCUAUGCUCGAUCUCCUUUUAGCUGCCGAAAGGAACAAGUUAAUAGAUCAUGAGGGUAUAAAAGAGGAAGUUGCCACUUUUGUUUUUGCAGGACAUGAUACAACUGGUACAGCUUUUAUCUUCACUACGUUGUUACUUGCAGAACACAAGGAUGUCCAAGAACUGGCUAGAAAAGAGGUGGAGGAAGUUUUCAAUCAGAACGGCGGAAAUUUAAAUUUUUCAGCUCUUAAUGAUUUAAAGUAUGUUGAGAGAUGCAUUAAAGAAUCCAUGCGCUUGUACCCGCCAGUCCCAACAAUCGUCAGAUACAUGACCGAAGACCUACAAAUGAAAAAUUGUUUGGCUCCCAAAGGAUCGAACGUGAUGAUACAUAUCGUUGACGUGCAUCGUGACCCAAACUUCUGGCCUGAGCCAGACAAGUUUGAUCCUGACAGAUUUCUACCUCAUGAAGUCAACAAUCGUCACCCGUUCGCCUACAUACCCUUUAGUGCUGGGUUUCGAAAUUGCAUUGGUCAGAAGCUGGCAAUGAUGGAGUUAAAGUCAGUGAUUUCAACUAUUUUGUACAACUUUUACAUAGAACCAGUUGAUAAAUUAGGUGAUUUUGAAGCAGUUGCAGAUGCUAUUACUCGACCUAGCCGUCCAGUUAAAGCCAAGUUUGUAAGAAUAAAUAAGUUUUAA